AAAAUUCUCUUCAUCUUUUUUCGACUCUUUGCCUGCUUCAAUAUUUAGCUCAAGGGAGUCUCAUCGGGCAUCGGUCGAAGAAAAUCCUCGGAUAUGCAGUUCGAAGUAAGACAUGUGCUUUGUGCGCACGUGGACAUUGCCCCGACGAUCAUGAUUGUCGUCAAAACUACGAAGGCAGCGCAAAGUCGACGGAGCCCGACAUGGCUGUGGAGUUGAUCGCUCAUAACUAGGAUCUGAAGGACGAAAACGUUUGCAUCAACGUUUUGAUUGGCGACGAUGACUCAUCGACUAUUGCAGCAGUGCGGCGCGAAUCUGCCACGCGCGUGGAUAAGUGGUCCGAUCUGAAUGACGCAUUGAAGACGAUGAACGACGCGUUGUAUAGCUUAAAGCUGCCACUGAAAAUCAUCGAGUACUUUUCACGAUGCUGGAUGUGCGCGAUUAAAAAAAAAUGAAGGCAAUCCGGAAGCAGUCGAAUUUGCGCUAUAAAACGUAGUGCCGCACGUUUUUGGUGCUCAUGAGCAUUGCGGCAAGUGGUGUCGUGUUUCUAACAUGGGUUCAGAGUACCACUACAAAGAUCUUCCUCAUGGAAAGCCCUUAUCGGAUCUGCAGUUGAAAUCGGUACUAACCUCGGUCUUCGCGUGAUUCAUAAAUAAUUCGAGCAAGUUAGCACUAUGCAACUCAAGCCAAAGCAACGAGUCCUUCAAAAAUUCGGUUGCUGGCAAGGCAUCAAAUUAAAGUUCUACGCAGCAUCAGAGUCUCUCAACUUUCGGGUAACUUCAGCAGUUUUUCAGAAAAAUAUCGGUGUAACUUACAUCGAACAGGUUUAUAAAGUAUUGAAUCUGUCGCCGGCUAAAGUGUCGAAGGAAUUCCGCGAAUCCAAGAAACGAUCCAGAAAACGCAAAAUCGAGCAACUACAGAUUGUCGAAGCGAAACGAAAAAGACUGUUUUGUAAGAAAAACCUAUGGAGUAAAACAGUAUUUGCACAGCAUCGAGAAGGGAUUACGCACGAGACUGACAGCAGACUCAAUGAUGUAUCUGGACUCAUCGAUGAGAAACCUUACCAAGGUAUCGCUCCGCUGACUCUUGUAGAUGCUGAUUUCCAUGGAAUUUCAUCGGGAUAUAAACAUAACAAAUAUUUAAUUAUCAACCGAUACUUCAAAUAACCAAGAUGCAAAGAUAAUGAUAUUUAAUCUCGAAACUACUGACCCGUUGAAAUCCGCUGAAAUAUGCCAGGUCCGUCACCAUUGUCGGGGUACGUUGAAGGAGAAACACUUGAAUGAAGUUUGCCUACUGCUUUCAGAUAGCAGCUAUGUAUGACGAGGAAAUAUUCAACGCAUAUAUUGUUCCUGUGGAAGGUAUUUCUCCCAGGGCCGCGGUGAUAACAAGGCUUCAGGUUAGGUUAGGUUAGCGAAAUGUUUUUGAACGGCCGGCAAGUGGACAAUACGCCAUCUCAACUGUCGUUCAAAAACUUCAUCUCGUAUUUACGGAACAUCGGCAGUAGUAUAAUUCUCGCAGCGCACAACGGGUUCAGGUGCAUUUCAUAUAAUGAAUCUUAUUCAUGUAACUAAAACAAACUGUAAUUUCUCGUAAGGAAUUUUAGGUCAAGCUAACAUCCUAAUCGCACAUCACGAAACCACGUGUAAAGUAAAACUGCAUCAAAUAAUGGUCAAGUGCUUUAUCGGAUAUUACCAUCUGUAUUAGGUUCGAUGUACCAUUGAUAUUGAGUCACUUGAAAAGGUUCGGAAUUCUCAAAGAAUUUCAGUCGGUCGUAAAGGGUUUUGUGGAUACGUUGCUACUCUCUCGUAACCAACUUUCAAACCGAAAGAAGAAAAAAAAGGCUUCACUCUAACAAGUCUUGCGGAAGAUUACUUGGGAUCUGAGUCGUUAGCAAGCGCUCAUAAUGCUGUUGCAGACGUUGAGAUUCUCAGAAAAUUAGUUUGCGGCAGCAGUAUCACUGACAAUAUAAUUAAGAGAACAAUCAAAACCACAGGUGAAAUCGUACAUGCAGAGAACAAAGCGAUAGUCCAAGCACGAAACAAAGUUUCUCUGAAAAGUUUGAAAGAUGCCUCGGCUGGCAUAAAAACAAAAAUGGCAAAAAUUGCAUCACAAUGCAAACUCUCGAAAAAGCAUUCGUUGAUUUUGGACCAAAAUGUUGCUUUGCGAAGACGUGUUCGACGCGUCUCAUGAGUUCACGUACUGUGUUUUCGUUAAUCUAUAUUAACUUAUAUAUUUUCUGUUUUCGCGUUUUCUCAAAUUUUAUGUAUCUUUUGCAGUAACUAUCUUUUGUAUUACGAAUAUUGUUAACGUGUCACGAAGUUGACCUUGUCCCGCGUGCUAUUCAUCUCGUUUCUCGAAAUUGUUAAGUUGUUAAUUUUAUAUUAUUUGAAGCCCUAGAA